AUGGUGCAGCCCAACGCCGUGGGCGGCAAACACCACCUCCGGCCCCACACGCAUAGCCGUGCCGCGCACAGUGACCGCCCGGCUCGUCACUGGCAGCCGCAUGCGCGGGCACGGGGGCACACCGGCGGUCGCGCGAAGGGCCCCGCCGCCGUGGACGACGGAACGAUUCCAGCCGCCUUCAUUUCUCCGUUUCAGGCCUCGCAGCCGCAGGCCGGGCAGCACUCCGCCACAGUCGUGCGGACAUCCGUCUCCGGGCCGUCGCAGCAGCAGACUCUGUUCUACUCCAGCGUGCAGCGCCGCGGGGGCGUCUUCACGAAGUCGGAGUACGAAACGAAGGCGCAGCUGGCACGGACCGGUGUCCUUCCCAACUCGAUUGCGUACCGCAGGCGGGCCCGGGCCGCGCUGGAGGAAAAGCACGGAAAGCCCCAGACCUUGCAGGGCCGUUUUGCCGAAAUGCAGUCGGAGAAGCUGCAGGAGGAUGUGCGCCAGGCGAAGGCGCUCGUGGAGAAGAAGAAGACGAGGGCGAAUCGCUUCGCUGCGGACGACAGCGAGGGUGGUGAGUCGGAGUAA